AUGGAUAACCGUCUUGACGCUUACCCGCAGAUCCAGAACAUGUACAACAAUAACAAGUCUGUCUUGGAAAACGAAUCGUCAAAAGAGAGAGGCGGUGCCACUUUGUCAAAACUGCCAGGUGCCACAUCGUUCCGGCUUUGUCAUUUGGAUGUUAGACCAUUGUCGCAAGGCAUGUUGUACAUGGGAGCUGAUCUGGAGGAAGAUCUCACGAACUAUCUCAUUCAUCUAAAUAAGAUAUACCAUAUCAUGGAGCUCAAUGGCGAACUGAUAUCGGCGGAGGAACUUGGAGAAAAGAUGGAGAGGGUUUUGGCUGAACCAAUGGAAGUGUUAGUGUGGGGAGGAUCUGGGAAGAAGAGAAGACAUAGGAGGUCGAAGUGGAAUAGGAAUCGAUUAAUUUUGUAG